CACGUUGUCUGUUGACCGUAUACAGUUCCCAUAAUGUGUCCGAGCCAUGAUCGUUUGUAAUGGGGAGCAGCUAACAGGCUAUGGUAAUGUAAAAUGAUCUUCUUUAGUGUAUGUGUAUCCAUAUUAUGCUAAUAUUAAAAUUAGUUGUCAACGUGUUAAGGCAGGUUUCACGCAGAUUAAUUUAGCUCUUCCUGACAUAAUUCCAGCAAGUGAUGCACCGUUUCGUUAGUCAACGUUGCUGGAAAGUGAGGCAAAGAAUGCGAAGAGCCGUCCAGGGCUGCUGCUCCCACACGCAACAGGCAGGCAGUAAAGUUAGGGCACAGAACUGAGGCAGAACGCAGUUUUAGUGGGUUACGGAGAUUGAAAACAUGGUUGCGGUCAACCAUGAGCCAAAAAAGACUGAAUGGAGUUGCGGUGUGCCAUACUCACCAGGAGAGGCUGGACAAUUUGAACAGACAAGAAAUUGCCCAGCAGUUUGUUCAGGGAAAUGAAAGGAGGAGAGAAGUUUUGGGGUCCUUUACAUGGAUAUCAGACAAUUCUUCUCACAAAGCAGAGACGGGGCAGGGAAACAGUGACAGAUGAGGAGGAGGGUGAGAGAGAUUUGUUUCAUGAAGAGGAAAGGAAGGCUUCCGCUCUCAGUGUAAUCUCACAGACGCUCUACAUAAUCUAAAUCGAAUAAUAAAAGGAAUAAAGCUUAUAAUCAUUGAUAGGUGAAGGUUCCUGUAAGGAUGAAAGGAGUCUCCUGCGUCAGUGCUUUCUAACAGUCAGAGAUUUCUUUCAGGAAGAGCAAAGCAAGGCAGAUCCAUCAUCUCAAUCAUCGCUUCGAAUUUCAGUGUAAUCUCAGACAUUUCUUGGAUUUGGAUAAAACCAAUGAAAAGUUAUGUUCUGCUAUUGACACGCUAGCAGACAAAACAUUCACAACCAGAUUACACAGAACUUCAGAUUUUUUUUUUUUUGAAGAUCAAGGUGGCAAGAAUGGGCCGUAAGAAGAUCCAGAUUACCCGCAUUGUUGAUGAGCGAAAUAGACAGGUGACCUUCACUAAGAGGAAGUUUGGCUUGAUGAAGAAAGCGUAUGAGCUGAGUGUACUGUGUGACUGUGAGAUCGCACUCAUUAUCUUCAACAGCUCCAAUAAGCUCUUCCAGUACGCCAGCACAGACAUGGACAAAGUUUUACUCAAGUACACUGAGUACAACGAGCCUCAUGAGAGCCGGACUAACUCGGACAUUGUCGAGGCCCUGAACAAGAAGGAGCAGCGUGGCUCUGAGAGCCCAGAAGUGGACACAUGCUCGUAUGUUCUCACCCCACACACUGAGGAGAAAUACCAGAAGAUUAAUGAAGAGUUCGAUAACAUGAUGCGCAAUCAUAAAAUGCCGGCGGUUUUGUCUCAGCAGAGCUUCUCCAUGCCUGUGGCACUGCCAGUCUCUGAGCACGGUGUCCACUCCUACAGCAGCAUCGGAGCUCUGGGUGAAGCCGGCAUGCUGUCUCCAUCCUCCAGUACCCUGCAGAGAUCUCCAAACACACGACUAACAGCUGGUGGACACCCUUCUUCAGAUCACACCCCCAAUGGUGUGCACUCCGCUUCAGUAGUGAAUGGUUACAUCAGUGCUCAGGGAGAGAACAGCAUGGGAAGAGGACCGACAGUGAAAUCUGCAGCACCCCCUACAGGAAACCUCGCAACCAUUGGACAUAAACCAGAGCUCCGAGUGCUCAUUCCACCAUCCUGUAAAAUCUCAUCAGCUCUGAGGAUAAACAGCCCACCAUCUAGCCAAUCAAUGAGCGCGCAGGUGGUGUCCAUGACAACACCCAGUAUGCACCCCCAUGGCCUGUCGUACCCCACUAUGACAUCAGCAUACAGCUCAGAUUAUGGCUUAAACAGCUCAGAGCUCAGUAACAUACAUGGCUUCAGCAUGCCAGACAGCCUGACUUUGGCUUCAGGGUCACCAUGGCAACAUAGUCAAACAUCAAUUACUUCUCAGGGAGUCCCUCGUUCCUUAUCCCAUGUCUCUGAGCCGUCCUCCAGGUCUUCUCCAGUCAUGGAUAUAAAAGCUGAACCUGUGUCUCCACCAAUGGCUUUCCUCUCUGCCCCUCCGUCCUCCUCUCUCCACUCUCCAGCUGAAAGCCUCGCCUCCUCCUGCAGCUCAUAUGAAGGCAGUGAGCGUGAGGAGCAGCACAGAGACACCCAUCCCUCUGUGCCCACCCUGGCUCAGGGCAGUGGGCCAUCAGAGGGCAUCAGGGGUCCAUCACUCAAACGGCUGCGCACAGAGAGCUGGGUAACAUAGCACUCAAUAGGAAUGAGCUGUUGGAAGGAAAGUAAGCAGGGAGCAAACCGUCUGGUCACUAUUUAUUGCAAGUAACAGUAUUGCUGUUGUCCCUUUUUAGUAUAUGUAGCAAGAACUAUAGGGACAUAGGAUACAGGAAAAGGGUGCGUCCUGAAGGAAAAAUCUUCUUACAGGGUUGUACAGGGAUGACUAAUGGUCAGGUUAUUCCUUUUUAUCAGCAGAAAAUCAAAUUUAUAAAAGUCUGUAGGAUUUUUUUUUUUUAAAUCAGGGAAUGAAGUUUUGCUUUCAGUGAUAUUUGUAGUAUGACAUCAAGCCAAAAGGGUUUGGUAUUUAUAAAUGUUUCUACAGUUUUCUUUCUGGGUCUUCAAACUGAAGCAUGAACUUGAGCCAAUAAUUGCCUGCUUCAAAAUAUACUCUAGUGCUCUGGGCAUAGAUUAUUUGCAAGAAAGGGCAUUUUCAUUCUUUUUUGUCAUGCUAGCAUAUGCAAACAAACAUGAACAUUAUUUAAAAAAAUCAUUGCUCUUUGGAAUUUAGAAUGAAUAAGCUGUAAAUGCAUGUUGUAAUCAAAUUUUAGUGCAGGGGAGUCAAACUCAGUAUUCAGUUACUCUGCCCUUCCUGAGGUUCAAGUGCAAUAAGGAGUUAAGAGUGUUAUUGUUCCGUGAUCACAUCUGUCCCUAAUGAUGCCAUCAGCCAUGCUGAACUCAUCUAAUCUACGCUCUGGUGAAGCGGAAGGAAAGACGAAGCAUUUCGGACGCAGUGUUAUCACUAACUGAGUGUGACAUUACAUAGUCGGAUGCUUAGAGAAAGUGCCGUCACUAUAUACUGUAUAUAUAAUUAUAUCAGCUGCUUUAGCAACAUUUAUAUCCAUAACAUUUUUUUUCUCCUCAUUGUUUUGCACAAGAGAUCGCUGUUGGGUUUGCAUCAGUGUGGCCAAAGGGUGUAUUAAUGACUCAAAGAGUGUGCACAUGAGUACACUUCUGAACCCUAAAAUAAGAAAAGGGACAUCCUGCAACCUUGUGGAUUUCAUGGACACACAAAGAAAGUCAAAAAGACCUCAAGUGUGCCAUUUGUGACAGAAGGCUGUAUCGCAGGAGUUCAGCUCAGGUCAGUUACCUUGUCAGACCAUCCACCAUCCAGCGUGAGCUCAGUAGGACUGUUUCAGCAUCCAAAUAUUCAGUUACAUACUCUAUAUGGCUAAAAGUUUGUGGACACACAACCAUCACACCUGUGCGUGCUUGUAGAACAUCCCGUUCUAGAUUUAGUCCACAUUUGCUGUUAUUAUAGCUUCCAUUGUUCAGGUGUCCACAAAUGUAUGGCCAUACCGUGUAACUUCAGGUCUGCUUUAUGAUCUUCACAUCAGGUUUUUCAUUGUUGGAAAUUAUUUGCAUUAUUUACCAGUAGACCUCCUUUUUAAAAAAAAAACACAUCAUGGACAUUAGUAAUCGUUCACUGAGGCUCUAUUUAUUAAACUAGACAUAAUGUAUUUGGAAUACUGUUUAUACA